UAUUAAAUGAUUUGAAUUAUAUCGCUUUUAUCUCAUACUUAUAAUAUACGGAAAAAGCGUUGGAUUGAUUUAAAAUUAGAUUUGUGAUAAAAGUGAAUUUGAUUUUGUCUUUAUGAACAAGCUUUAUAUCGAUAUUCAAACAUGGAGAUGUUAAUUUGCAAUAAGUGCUUUAUUCCGAUAUACAAAGGAAAAUUGCCUUAUAUUAUUACACAGUGUGGUCACAUUUUUUGCCAGGAUUGUCUACAACAAGUGAAAAAGCAAUGUUUUCAAUGCAAAUAUAAUGAUCCCGCAUAUUUACCGUUAGAAGAGCCACUGAUGCCUAAGAAGAUCUCGCUCUUUACGCCUUCCUCUGAAAUUUUGGAAAUGCUAUUAAAAAAGGAGAUAUCCGAAAGCAAUCAAUUGAAGAUAACAAUGGAACGCUUUCACACUCUUGACAACAAAUACGAGAUGUUGAAAAGACAUUAUGUUCUUUUACGACGCAAUAUGAAAAUAUUGUUAGAAAAGUAUAUGUAUCUAAAGGCUGAAACAGAAAAAAAACAAAAGCAGCUGCUACAAAUGACACAGAGCACUUCAAAAUCUAUAUCCAAUACGACAAGGACGUUGACUAACUCCGAUCUUGUUUCUACGUAUUCAUUAAAUACACGAUAUUCUUCAGGAUCGUUGAAUCAUUUGAAAUUUUUUAAUUUGAACUUGUCUGAUGCGACAAAUAUGUCUAUACGAUCCGCCAAUCUAAGGAAACAGCAUAAAAUCGACGAUAGUUUUAGCACAUCCGACAAUAAUACAUCUCCGACAUUUACCAAGCUUCUUUUCAUACCAGACAAUCGAAACGAUUCGAAUUAAAUUUUCAAAUAAAUUCUUUUCUUUGUUUCUUUCUUUUUUCAUAAUUAUGUUAUUUUGAACUCGUUAUAUUAUAUUGCUUAAUAAAUU